AUGGCAGAAAAGGCUUUGCUUAGUGGUUCUCAAUAUCACAUUCCUCCUCCACGUACGCAAGGUGCAGCAACUGGUGGGCAACAACUUUCCGUUACAGCAACUCAGUUUGUCGAUAAAAUCGAUCCAUUUUCUAAAAGAGGAACGAGUAAGCGACGUCGUCGGCUUGUCAACAGUAGUAGGUACCAUGCAGAUAAUGAUCAGGAGCUUGUUCAGUUAACACUUAUAAAAGAUGCUCCUUUUGCUGAGCAACCAGCGAUUGUCAUACAAAAACUUCAACAAUGCCAAAAAAUAUUCGAUUUUUAUGAUCCUGUUGCACAAUUAAAAAGUAAAGAGAUCAAACGUGCAGCUCUCAAUGAAUUGAUCGAUCACAUAACCACUGUGAAAGGUGCUAUAACCGAAGCAGUAUAUCCAGAGAUAAUAAAAAUGGUAUCAAAGAAUAUAUUUCGCGUUCUUCCACCAUCAGAUAAUUCUGAGUUUGAUCCUGAAGAAGAUGAACCGACUCUUGAAGUUUCUUGGCCUCAUUUACAGCUGGUCUAUGAGCUUUUCCUUCGUUUCCUUGAAUCUCCUGACUUUCAAGCGGCGAUUGGGAAGAAAUAUAUUGACCAACGUUUCGUGCUUAGUUUGUUGGAUUUAUUCGAUUCAGAAGAUCCUAGAGAGCGUGAUUUUCUCAAAACCGUGCUUCAUCGCAUCUAUGGCAAAUUCCUUGGUCUACGUGCUUUCAUAAGAAAACAAAUUAAUAAUAUGUUUUUAUCAUUUGUUUUUGAAACGGAUUCUUUUAAUGGUGUGGGAGAAUUGCUGGAAAUUUUAGGGAGUAUUAUCAAUGGCUUCGCGCUACCUUUGAAACAAGAACAUAAAACUUUCUUGGUUAAAGUGCUAUUGCCUUUGCAUAAACCGCGAUGUCUUAGUCUCUAUCAUGCUCAGCUGGCUUAUUGUGUCGUGCAAUUCAUUGAAAAAGAUUCGACACUAACUCCGCAAGUUUUUGACGCACUUUUCAAAUUUUGGCCCAAAACAUGUAGCGCGAAAGAAGUAAUGUUUUUGGGUGAAGUUGAGGAAAUUCUCGAUAUAAUUGAGCCAGAACAAUUCAAAAAAGUUAUUGAGCCACUUUUUAAGCAGCUGGCGAAAUGUGUAUCUAGUCCACAUUUUCAGGUAGCUGAACGUGCAUUGUAUUUUUGGAAUAAUGAAUACAUUCUCUCACUCAUCGAAGAAAAUAGUACAGCAGUGAUGCCGAUAAUGUUUCCCGCUUUAUACCGAAUUAGCAAAGAUCACUGGAACCAGACAAUAAUUGCUCUUGUAUACAAUGUUCUUAAAACUUUCAUGGAAAUGAAUGGAAAACUUUUUGAUGAACUUACGGUCAAUUUUAAGAUGGAGAGGCAAAAGGAGAAGAAAAAGGAAAAAGAUCGUGAGGAUUUGUGGAAACGUUUAGAUGCACUAGAACUGGAUCCUCCAAAAGAUAGAGACCCUAACAUAUUAAGUAAAGUUCCACUUACUAACUUUUGUACUAAACGUGAAACAAGUGGAACAGUUGCGAAUGCUGUAGCUUCUACUGGUGAUAAGUCGCCUAACCCUUCAAAAAGUAUUUUGGUAGUUAAGUCAAGUGGUUCUGCAAUCGGAUCAGUUGCAAAAAAAUCAUAA